AUGGAGACUUUUGCAACCAAAGCUACUAGGUCUUCUUUGGUCAGGGACAUUCUGAAAUUAUUCCCUAAGCUAGGCGGUGUAGGCCAUAAAGGACAAAGUGGUAAACUAGUUGUUCUUGGAGGCAGUAAAGAUUACACAGGAGCUCCAUUUUAUGCUGCAAUCUCUUCAAUUAGAGCUGGUGGAGACUUAUGUAAGGUUCUUGCUACAGCUGAGGCUAGCCCAAUUAUUAAAGGAUACUCUCCAGAAUUGAUAGUCACUCCUUAUGAUGAAAUUGAUUUCUCAAAAGAUGAAAGCCAAGAGAAAAUAGAUACCUUAAAAAGCAAACUUAAGUUCUAUCAUACUCUUGUAAUGGGUUGAGGCCUUGGUAUUGAUGGUGAGAUGAAACAGAAAAACGAUCCCAUCAUGCUCAAACAAUUGAUGACCCACGCUGCUGAGACUAAUAUGAUGCUUGUAGGAGAUGCAGAUUUUUGCCAUUAUUUGAAAUCUUCAAAAAUAGUAAUGGACUUGUAUACUUCCCCUGAUGAAGCUCUGAGGAUUCCUGAGAGGACAAUCUUGACUCCUAACAUUAUGGAGUUUAAGAGAAUCUGGAACUCCUUGUAUUCUGAGGAUUAUGACCCCGAAUACUCCUUAAUUGACCUCUAUGAAAGUCUUUCUGAAGAUAUUGGAGAGUUAGACUUAUCACUCAGCAUCUCACAGGAUGUUACGAGAGUUGCCAACUCUUUGAAUGGAGCAACUAUCCUGAAGAAAGGGCUGGUCGACAUUAUCUCUGAUGGCAACAGAGUCUUCUAUGUUAAAACUAAAGGUAGCCUAAAGAGAUGUGGAGGCCAAGGAGAUGUACUAGCAGGCACAAUUGGAACAUAUGCAUAUUAUGCAAAGCUUGUUAAAGAAAAUGAGGAAACUGUGCUCGAAAGUUUCACUAAAGAAGAAAAUCCUCUACUUCUUGCAGCUGUAGCUGGCUCAGUAAUAACUAGAAUGGCUUGAAGCGCUGCUUUUGAGAUGAAAGGGAGAUCAUUAGCUCUCCCAGAUAUUCUUGAAAAUUAUAGAGUUGAAGAAUAUCUCGAAAGCCUCAAAUCUUCAAUUUAG